AUGACCGUCUCGCAACUCGCUGAGGCCACGGGGGUUACCGCCACCGCGGUACGCCAGCGACUGAAUCGGUUGAUGGGCCAAGACUUGGUGACUCGUCAAUCGGAACGUGCCGGCCGCGGGCGACCCACACAUCGGUAUGGCCUCUCGGAACGGGCUCGCCGGCUCGCAGGCAACAACUUCGCCGACUUGGCCAAGGUCCUCUGGCAAGAGGUUCGAGCCAUUGAGGAUCCCGCGAUUCGCAAGGGGCUGCUGAAGCGGAUCGCCGCAGGCUUGGCUGAGAAGUACGGCGAUCAGGUCGAGGGCGAGUCCCCGCAAGAACGAAUGGCGUCGAUCGCGAAGCUGUUCGAACUGCGAGAUAUCCCGUUCUCGGUUGAACAGAACGUUAAAGGCCUGCCCGUUCUUCAAGCCCACGACUGCCCCUACCCAGAACUCGCAGAGCACGAUCGGGCGAUCUGCGAACUCGAACAAAUGGUGAUGAGCUUGUUGCUCGAGAACAACGUUGAAUUGUCGCAAUGCCGACUCGAUGGCGGCAAGGAGAUCCUCCGCGGGGUGGACCUCGUCAUCAAGCGAGGCGAAACCCAUGCGUUGAUGGGCCCCAACGGCUCGGGAAAGAGCACCCUCGGUUUCGCCAUUAUGGGCCACCCCGGCUACGAAGUAACCCAGGGCUUGAUCGAGCUUGAUGGAAAAGACGUGCUGGAAAUGGAGCCCAACGAGCGGGCUCGGGCUGGCAUCUUCAUGGCGUUCCAACGCCCGAUGUCGAUUCCCGGCGUGAAGAUGGCCGACUUCCUGCGACACGCCACCACCAACGUUCGACGUCCCGAUCGCAAAGAAGGCGAAGACCUGAUCCCGAUGCGGGAGUUCCGCAAAGAACUGCGUCAGCAGAUGGAGCAACUCCGGAUCGAUGCCGAGUUUGCCCGCCGUUAUGUGAAUGAUGGGUUCUCCGGCGGUGAGAUGAAACGGGCCGAGAUCCUGCAGAUGGCCAUGUUGCGGCCCAAGUUCGCCAUUCUCGACGAAACCGAUAGCGGUUUGGAUGUCGACGCUGUGCGGCUGGCCAGCCAGAGCAUUGCCGAAAUCGGCGGCAAGGACAUGGGCAUUCUUAUUAUCACCCACCACGACAAGCUGUUGGAACACAACCGGCCGGACGUAACGCACGUCAUGCUGGGUGGGCGAAUCGUCGAGUCGGGCGGAGCCGAAUUGGCCGCCGAGUUACACGAGAAAGGCUACGAUCGUAUCCGCGAGGCACAUCCCGAGGCUGCCAAAGCUGAAUCGGAAAUGGCCCGCGAUGAGGAACCUGAAGAACGAGCAAACGAUAUGUCGACCGAUGUCAAGCAACCGUUCGAUGUGGCCGCGGGCGAAGUCAAUAAGUACGACUUUCGCAACGAUGAGAACUACAAGUUCAAGAGCCGCAAGGGCAUCGACGCUGAGAUUGUCCAUCAAAUCUCGGACAUGAAGGGUGAGCCCGAGUGGAUGCGGGAUUUCCGGCAGAAAAGCCUGGAGAUUUUCAAUUCGAAGCCCACGCCUACCUGGGGCGGCAAAGUCGGGCUCGACUUUCAAGAUAUCUACUACUACAUCAAGCCGUCCGAUCGUCAGGGUCGCAGUUGGGACGAAGUGCCCGACGACAUCAAGAAGACGUUCGAUCGACUGGGCAUCCCCGAAGCCGAGAAGAAAUUCCUCGCCGGGGUGAAGGCCCAGUACGAAAGCGAAGUUGUCUACGGUUCGCUUCGUGAAGAUCUGACGGCUCAGGGCGUGAUCUUCACCGAUACCGACACGGCGGUGAAGGAGUAUCCCGAUCUGGUGCGUGAGUACUUCAGCACGAUCAUCCCGCCGACGGACAACAAGUUUGCCGCACUCAACUCGGCCGUGUGGUCGGGUGGAUCGUUCAUCUACGUGCCCAAGGGGGUGUCGAUUGACUUCCCGUUGCAGGCCUACUUCCGCAUCAACGCCGAAAACAUGGGCCAGUUCGAGCGGACGCUGAUCAUCGUGGACGAGGGGGCCCAGAUCCAUUACGUGGAGGGCUGCACCGCCCCCAUGUACAGCACCGAGAGUCUACACUCGGCCGUGGUCGAAAUCGUGUGCAAGAAGCACUCCCGUUGCCGCUACACGACGAUUCAGAACUGGGCCAACAACAUAUACAACCUGGUGACCAAGCGGGCGGUGGCCUACGAAAAUGCCACGAUGGAAUGGGUCGACGGCAACCUUGGCAGUCAGCUCACCAUGAAGUACCCGGCCGUGUAUAUGCUCGAGCCAGGUGCCCGCGGUGAGAUUCUUUCGAUCGCUUUUGCUUCGGCUGGUCAGCAUCAAGAUGCCGGGGCGAAGGUCGUGCAUGCGGCCCCGAAUACUUCCAGCCGGAUCGUCUCCAAGUCGAUCUCCAAGAACGGCGGUCGCUCGAGCUACCGCGGACUGGUCCGUGUCGAGAAGGGCGCCAGCAAAGCGAAGUCGAGUGUGGUCUGCGAUGCCUUGAUCCUCGACGAUCACAGCCGCAGCGAUACUUACCCUUAUAUCGAGGUCGACGAGCAGGACGUGACCAUCGGCCACGAAGCCAGCGUGUCGCGAAUCGGCGAAGAGCAACUGUUCUACCUCACCAGCCGCGGACUUUCGGAGGCCGAAGCCUCGGCGAUGAUCGUCAGUGGGUUCAUCGAACCGCUGGUGAAAGAGUUGCCCAUGGAAUAUGCCGUGGAAAUGAACCGCUUGAUCGAGCUGCAGAUGGAAGGUUCGGUUGGGUAA